AUGGGUAUCUCUGAUCCUGUCAAAUUCUACCACCACCACCAUCAUGAUCACCAAAAACGAUCCAAGAGCCCUCCAAUUUCAGCAGUCUUAACUCGAGAAUUCCUUGUUACCAUGAAAUUCAAGGACAUUUUGGAAAACGAUUCUUCAAAAGAUUGUGUAGUCUGUCUCGAUGAGUUCAACGAGGAGGAUGAGAUUCGAUGUUUGACAAAUUGCAAGCAUAUGUUCCAUCAGAAGUGUUUGGAUCGUUGGAUGGAUCAGAUUCAGGAAACAUGUCCGCUUUUUCGAGCUCCCAUUUUGCCUCUAGUUUGUCAAGAUGAAUAUAAGAAAAGAUUUAGGGUUUUCAUGGGUCUUAAUAAUUUUUAUGGGGAAAACUUUGUAAUUAUGAGUUUAUAA